AAAUACUAAAAAAAAAAAAAAAGCCGAGUCGUAUAGAGAGAGAAUUAUAAAAUCAGACCCCCAAAUAGGAAACUUUUUUCCGGUAAUUCGAACGGAAAAGCGAAAUUCAAGACCUAUUUUGGAUUCUUACAGCUCUCAGAAAAAUUUGCUGUCCGAUUCAGUAUAGGUGUAUAGUGAAUUGGAUUUUGAUUGAUUUGGCAAUCUAUAGAAUUGGAUUUGGAUUUGUUGUGUUAGAAGAAGGAUAUUUAUACUGAUUCAGUACGUCAACAUUGGGGAUCUCGGAUUGAUGAAGAGGUGAGACAGUGAUUAGGAGUUGUUACCUUGGAGGAGGAAUUUUUAAGUUGUGAAGGCCUGAAGAGUCGGGGAGUACAGUGAAUGAAAGGGUUUUUAGAAGGAAGAAAGAGAUGAUUGUUGCUGUUAUUUUGUGGUUUGAGGAACAAUGACUGGGUGGUCAUUGGGCCUUCGUACAGUAAGCGAUGGGUCUUUGCAGCAAUUGGCACAGAAUGGAGUUCUGUACUCUCACAGUAAUUCGUUUGUCUCGCGUAAAGGUUCAAAGAUAUCACUCUCUACUUACAGAGAGAAGGAAAAGUUUCUUCCCUCUAUUUUCAGGUUUUUGGUGCGAAAACAGGUUGGAAUGCUGAUUUUAGCUGCGAUUGCACUUUUGGCUUUUCUUACAGCAUUUUGGAUGGUUAAUAAAGAGGACGCAUCAAGGAGUUCUGAAUUGGACUUCAAGGAGUGGUUUGAAAACAGCACAUACCAUCUAUCUGCAUUAUUGCCUGGGAAGGUUAUGGUAUGCGGUGAGCAUAAUGCCCAGCUUCCUCCACCCCAUGCUUUGUCUAUGAUACAGACUAAAGAUUCCACUGCUUUUCCCAAUCCUUGUCGAAAUUUUGCAUUUCCUCCUCCUCCACCUGGUGAUAGGAGGCGAAUUGGGCCUCGACCAUGUCCUGUAUGCUACGUUCCUGUGGAGCAAGCAAUAGCGCGUAUGCCUAGAGUCCCGUCAGUGUCACCCGGGCUUCAGCAUUUAACUUAUUUCCACGAGCAAAUUCCCAUGAAGACUGAACCUCAUAGGGGUUCUGCAUUUGGUGGGUACCCUUCUUUGGCGGAGAGGAAUGCUUCGUUUGACAUAAAAGAGUCAAUGACUGUGCAUUGUGGAUUUGUCCAAGGUUGUAGACCUGGUGAUAGAACAGGGUUUGACAUCGACGCGGCGGAUCUAAAGGAGAUGGAGCAAUUCCAUGAUGUCAUUGUGGCAUCAGCCAUAUUUGGAAAUUAUGACGUGAUUCAACAGCCAAAGAACUGGGGUAAAACUACACGAGAAAAAGUUCCCUUUUAUAUGUUUGUUGAUGAAGAAACAGAAGCAUCCUUGAAGAACUCUAGCCUCUUGGAUAGCAGAAAUAGGGUUGGUUUAUGGAGGAUUAUUCUUGUUCGCAAUGUGCCUUAUUCUGAUGCGAGACGCAAUGGGAAGGUACCUAAGCUCCUACUGCAUAGGCUCUUUCCUAAUGUCCGCUAUUCUAUUUGGAUAGAUGGAAAGCUUCAGCUCAUUGUGGAUCCCUACCAGAUUCUCGAGAGAUUCUUGUGGCGCCAUAAUGCUACUUUUGCUAUUUCAAGACAUUAUAGACGUUUUGACGUCUUUGAAGAAGCUGAAGCUAAUAAAGCUGCAGGGAAGUAUGAUAAUGUAUCCAUUGACCACCAAAUUGAUUUCUACAAGAAAGAAGGUUUAACUGCAUAUUCAGAGGCUAAGCUUCCUAUUACCAGUGAUGUUCCCGAAGGAUGUGUUAUUAUAAAGGAGCAUAUUCCCAUCACAAAUCUGUUCACCUGUCUGUGGUUCAAUGAAGUUGACCGUUUUACCUCUAGGGACCAACUGAGCUUUUCCACUGUCAGGGACAAAUUGAUGGCAAAAGUUAGCUGGAACGUCAACAUGUUUUUGGAUUGUGAGAGGCGAAAUUUCGUGAUACAGGCAUACCACAGAGAUUUACUGGAGCAAAGGGCUCACAUGACAGUUGUGAGAAGUCGUGCACAUCCUCCACCGGCUUUGGUUCGUGAUAGUUCUUCUAGUAAACCUCCAGUAAGGAGACCUCCAAAGCGCGGAAAAGGUGAAAGGAAGUCUAACUCAAGGCGACAUCGUAAAGGUGGGUCUGGGAGUAAGGGAAGCAGUACUACAUUUUGAUUUUCUUGCCUUUCAUUUUUUGGGAAGCAAAAAGAGAAGAAUCUAUUUAUACAAACCUGUUUUUGUUCCUCACUAUUGAACAAAAAGGUUAGGACAAUUUUGAUAGGUACUUGUCCGAUGUGAGAAGAAAGAAAUUAGUUUUUGCUUUUGAGGUUGUGAAUAUCAAUUCAAUUAACAUUGUAGAUAUCACUAAUUUUUAAAUAAUAGGUUGGUCAUUUCUUGUUUUGUAGAUUUUA